GCUGGGAUUCAUUCAUUCCUUCGUGUCAUACAAACAUGGUGGAUUAGGCGAUAACGCGAGAUGCCAUAUAGGAAGAUUGCGUUUGGCUCAGGUUCUAUGGAAAGUGUUAAAUCACCAACAAAACCCGGACGAACUGUCUCAAAACAAAACAUUUCUCGACGAAGUGUCUCCAAACCACGACCAAGUGUUUCUCGACAGAAUUCCACCAGGCAGUCGGUUUCUCGACAAAAUGUCUCAAGAAAAAGUAAACGUAACAAGGAUGUGGACACUGAUGACGACGACAGCUAUCCAUACAAUCCAUCAAAGGUACCCUUCACUCCAAGGAACCAAGUAACUAACCCUCUCUUCCGGAAUAUAAAACAUAUAAAUGACGUAACUAUAGCUGAUAUCGAAGAUAUUCAUGAGUUUGAGAAAAGCACCGAACAUUUAAAUUUGACUCAAAAAGUUCUUAAUUCAUACUUUCGAAAAAAGUUGGAUUGUACACAAAGAAUUGUGAAAUGGUUGGUAGACUGUGAAGAAAAAGCAAACGCGUCGUCACUUCCGGCCCAUCUACCAAACAUAUCGUAUAGAAAUACUAGUGCGCAUGCUCGCCAUGAAUAAUCGCAUUAUUUUAAAUGAAGCAUGAUUUGUGAAUAUAUUUGUUCGUUCAUCCAUGUAUGUGUCUGACGUUUUGGAUACAUCUGUAAAACAUGCAUACAUUGCAAUUAUUUGUUUUGACAUAAAU